CAUCGUAAGAAUUGAGCACGCGACUUGUGAUAUCCAUUAUCCAUUACAUACAAGGGUCCCAUCGUACUUUGUUUGCUUAGGAACUGAACCCGCAUUGAACCCACGUUAUCUUUCAACAUGCAAUCGCCCUUCCGCGCUAUUACCGAGGCUUAGCUCGCUAUCUACCGUGAUGAUGGUUUCAGAAGAAAGCCCUCUGCUGGUGGCCACCGCGCAUGAAGCUAUUUAUAACAGAUUCGCGCCACAUAAGAAGAGGUGGAUCGUGUUUCUCGUCUCAUCUGUGGGUUUGUUGCCUAUGUUCGUCCAAACGGCGUUCGUGCCUUCCAUCCCUCAGAUAGCUAAAGAUCUCGACUUAACGCAUGCUGUCGUCAGCUUGACCUUCAGUCUAUCGAUCUUGGCGAAUGCCGUCGGAUUGUUGGUUUGGGCUGCUUAUUCGUCUUUCUAUGGACGCCGAUCGAUGUAUUUGUGGGGGAUGCCGUUUUUAUGCAUCGGGAGCUGUGGUGUUGCACUAUCGAGUUCGUUGCAGAGUCUGUUAUUCUGGCGAUUGGUGCAAACGUUUGGAUGCGCGGGGGGGAUGACGUUAGGGCAUGGUGUCAUUGGUGAUAUUUAUAAAUUGGGAGAGAGGGGGACUGUUAUUGGGGUAUUCUUCGGUGUCACACUUUUCGGGUAUGCUGUUGGCCCGUUUCUUGGAGGUGCGGCGACGCAGUAUUGGUCCUGGCGCAAUUUGCAUUAUUCCAUUGGUGCAUGGGGCUUACUCGAGCUGCUUCUCAUAUACCUUUCGUUUCCUGAGACGAGCCAUCCUGGCACACUGGGGCAUUGAUAAAGUGACGCGCAGGAGAUGGAUCCAUAUCACAUGGGUAAAUCCUCUGAGCAGUC